AUGACAACAGUUCAGACGUGUUCUUCAAAAGCUCGCCCCAUUGAACAAAUACUUGUCUAUGGAUUUCGUGCUUAUGUAACGCCGGUCAUCAUUGUAUUCGGUUUGAUCGGCAAUACGUUGGUGAUAACUGCUUUUGCUCGUAUGCAAAGAAAAUCGCCUUGUAGAUUCAAUAUGUACGCAAUUGCCAUUGCUGUGGCACACACAUUGGAACUUAUAUUCAAUGCGUUUUUGGACGAUUUUCUUGGUCGUGGAUUAUAUUGGUUAAGCGAUUGUUCCCUCUACCUGAAAGUGGACGUUCACUCCGACUUCAUGUGCAAAUUUAUAAGCUAUGUGCCAAAAACCGCCGCUUUAAUCUCUACCAGUCUACUGAUCGUGUUCAGUAUUGACCGUGUGUUGACCGUCUACAAGCCACUACAAUUCCGUGGAGAUCAUCGCUUGCGCACUGCCGGUUUUGGGAUCAGUUUUGUGUAUUUGAUAAGCUUUAUGCUAUACCUCCCACUACCAAUCCAAUCGGGCAUCACAAUUAACAGCGAACAAUCCGGAGUAUUGUCCAAAGAAUGCGUUUACUUGGACCCGUUAAACAUCGGCACUCAGUACACACUAUAUCUUCACAUAUUCGGCUCCAACAUCAUUCCGUCCACGAUAGUGCUAAUUACUAAUGUGAUGAUAUUUCUCAAGCUGAGAGAUUUAUUUCGUGAACGAACACGUCUCUGUAUGAAUAUGGAACGAUCCAGUGCGGAGACACGGCGUGUGCUUGGACAUCUUGGGAUGACCACCAUAUUCUCGGUCAUCAUGCUACCUAUACUUAUUGCAAUAUUAUUACGUCAACAUGCGGACUAUCACAAUUAUCAUGAUAUCUAUCCAGAAUAUGAGAAAAAACUAGUUCAGCUUUCAAAACUUUUCAGUUCCGUUGAGUCAAUUUAUUUUGUGACCGAAUUCCCCACAUUUUACAUAUUUCUGCCUAUGUUUCGUUCGGAAUUGCGCCACAUGUUUACUCGUCCGUGUGCACGGAAACCGACAGACAAUGUGGCCCAAAGAUUGGUCAAAUUCACACCUCGAGUGAUGCAGUCGUUUAUAGGUGAUCAAGCGCGUACCACCCCCUCGUCGUCCAUUCGUGGAACUUUAAUUGAAUCGGUCAAUACGGAGGACACAAACCGUCACAGUUUGAAUGUCAACAGUGCGACAGGCGAGAAAUCAUACUAA